AUGCUUUAAUCAACAGGUGAAACAUCAUAAACACAACCCUCAAUAAAUUAUGCAACAGUGAGAUACUCAUUCAAAUGCGUUCGUCGUCACUUAUUUAAAGAUAAAGUCUAUUAUGUUCAUGCUCUACCCAAUAUGAUUACAAUAGGUGAACAUAUCAACGAUCCAAAUCCUAAGUACAAAUUAGAACUUAAUUUGAAAAACAUAGUUUAUUGGAAACAAGAACAUGGUUAGAAUCGUGCCUUUGUAUAAAUUAGAAAGAAUGUGAAGUACUUUGAAGCAACUUCUGAAUAACUCUAAAAGUUUAGACAAGAAAUAAGUUGUUUAAUUGGGUUCCAUUCCCUUGAUGACCACUAUAAAAUAGAUGAACUCAUUGGGAAGGGCUCGUUCUCCUCAGUGUACAAAAUAUUUAGAUAACAUGACAAAAAAGUGUUUGCCAUGAAAUAUGUCUCAAGCAAAUAAAAGAAUGACAAGGAAAACAUGCAAUUAGUAGAGAAUGAGAUUGGAAUUCUUCACUCAUUCAACCACGAUUCAAUCCUCAAAAUUUACGAAGUGUAUCGAGUGGAAGAGUAUCAUUAUGGAAUCAUUGUCGAAUAUUUGGAUGGAAUUGCAUUAUCCACUCUGAUUGAAUAGCUUAAGAAAAAUCAAUGCGUUCUUAAAGAAUCAGACAUCAAAACCAUCCUUUAAGCCUUGCUAAUAGCCUUGGCAGUAAUACACUAGGAAUAAGUCAUACACAGAGAUAUCAAACCAUAAAAUAUAAUGAUUUCACAACAACAUUAUAACAGUGUCAAAUUUAUAGAUUUUGGACUCAGCAUUAAGAAUUAAUUACAAUAUAAUAGAUGUGGAACCCCUGGUUACAUGGCUCCUGAAAUUGUCAACAUGAGAAAAGAUUAAUAGAAGGCGUGGACAUCUCUUUGUGAUAUUUUUAGUCUUGGAGUUGUAUUCUUUAAACUAUUGUCCAAAGGAAUUAGUUGCUUUCAAGGCCAAACUUCAGAUUAAGUCUUAGCCAACAACAAGAAAUGUCAAAUCGAUUGGUCCAUAGUCUAACAACAUAAUUAUUCUAAAAACUGCAUUUAACUAUUAAAAGCCAUGUUAGCUAAAGAUCCUGAAGAAAGAAUAACCGCAUAUUAAGCUCUUCAACAUCCCUUCUUCGGAGAUGCCUUCUCAACCAUAUACACUGACUACGUCGGACAUUCAAUCAGUCUAAAAUCUAAACAAAUAUUGAAUCCAACACUUGAAAAACAUAAUCUCGAUUCCUAAGAAAGUAUGGAGGAAACCUCUGUCUAAAAGUAAUAGGUUUACAACAGGGACAUUAGACCAUCAAUUAUAAGUAGAAAGUAAUGA